AUGAAUGACCAUCCUCAUCACGAGGUUAAUGCCUUCCAGUAUGAGGAUAUGGAAGGACGUGCUGGGGCCGAAGAGGCCCCGGGUCCCCUACCCGACUUGAGGGCAAUGAGCCUCAAAAGAAAUAUACGUCGCCUGGACUCGAUAGUGCCGACAGCUGGACGAGAGGGUGCCGACAUUCAAUUUAACCUCUAUAAGGGCCGUGGAGUCGCUGUGUUCACAUCUGGAGGUGACUCACAAGGAAUGAAUAGUGCCGUUCGAUCUGUCGUUCGCAUGGGUAUAUACCUUGGCUGUAAGGUGUUCUUUAUCAAUGAGGGCUACCAAGGAAUGGUCGAUGGCGGCGAUAACAUUGUUGAAGCCAGCUGGAACUCGGUGUCAGACAUCAUUCAGAAAGGAGGAACAAUUAUUGGCUCAGCACGCUGUAACGAUUUUCGACAGCGAGAAGGACGGCUGAAGGCUGCGUACAACCUAAUUGAAAAAGGCAUCACAAAUUUGGUUUGCAUCGGUGGCGAUGGUUCGCUUACUGGUGCAAAUCAAUUCCGCAAGGAUUGGCCUGGGCUAAUCAAGGAACUUGUGGACUCGAAUAAAAUAUCACCUGAAACGGCCAAAAAUCACCCCAAUAUCCAGAUUGUUGGUCUCGUCGGAUCGAUUGAUAAUGACUUCUGCGGUACUGACAUGACAAUUGGUACUGACAGCGCUCUGCAACGUAUAAUUGAAUCGAUCGACGCUGUAGUUGCUACUGCUCAAAGCCAUCAGCGUUCAUUCGUGGUUGAGGUCAUGGGUCGACAUUGCGGUUAUCUCGCCUUAGUAGCUGCCUUGGCAUCUGAGGCUGAUUUCUGCUUCAUCCCGGAAUGGCCUCCUCCAGUCAACUGGCGCGAAAUUCUCUGCAAGAAGCUGCAGGAGAUGAGAGCUGAGGGUCAACGACUGAACAUCAUUAUCGUUGCUGAAGGUGCGAUUGAUCGCGAUGGCACUCCAAUAUCCGCUGACCUCGUCAAAGAGGUGGUUUCCAAAACGCUCAAAUACGACACGAGGGUGACCGUGCUCGGUCAUGUCCAACGUGGAGGUGCACCUUCUGCCUUCGAUCGUCUCCUUGGUUGCAGAAUGGGCGCAGAGGCAGUUUUGGCUCUCAUGGAAAUGAACGAGGAAUCGGAACCGUGUGUGAUUUCCAUUGAUGGUAAUCAGAUGGUGCGUGUACCUCUGAUGCAGUGUGUGGAGCGAACCAAAGCGGUGCAAAAAGCUAUGAACGAGAAAGACUGGGAGCUCGCAGUGAAGUUGCGUGGACGAAGCUUCCAGCGCAAUCUCGAGACGUACAAGCUGCUAACAAAGCUGCGUACUGUAGAGAAGGACAAUCUCUCUGGUGGUCAGAACUUUAACGUUGCUGUAAUGAACGUCGGCGCUCCUGCUGGAGGAAUGAACGCGGCUGUGCGAUCAUUCGUACGUAUGGCGUUGUACCACCACUGCACAGUCUAUGGCAUUGAAGACUCGUUUGAAGGCCUCGCAAAUGGAGCUUUCAAGAAAUUCCAAUGGGGAGACGUGACCAAUUGGGUAAUGCAUGGUGGCUCAUUUCUUGGGACCCAAAAGCAACUUCCCAACGAGAAGAACGUUCCUCUAAUUGCAGAACAACUCAGAAAGCAUAAUAUUCAAGCUCUUCUGCUCGUCGGAGGAUUUGAGGCCUAUCAUUCUACCCUGAUUUUGUCGAAAAACCGUGACAGAUACCCCGAGUUCUGCAUACCGUUAUGCGUCAUCCCGUGUACCAUCAGCAACAAUGUACCGGGUACCUCCAUUUCGUUAGGCUCUGAUACGGCUAUCAAUGAAAUCUGUACAAUGAUCGACAAAAUCAAACAGUCAGCUACUGGAACUAAGCGAAGAGUGUUCAUCAUCGAGACCAUGGGAGGAUAUUGCGGUUACCUGGCGACACUUUCUGCCCUCGCGUCUGGAGCUGAUAAUGCCUACAUCUUCGAAGAGAAGUUCACUGUUGAAGACAUCAUUGAAGAUGUGGAAGUGAUUGCUGCUAAAAUGGCCCAGGGAGUUCAGCGAUACCUUAUUGUACGAAAUGAGUUCGCGAACAAGAACUUUACAACAGAAUUUGUCAAGCAGUUGUUCGCCGAGGAAGGAAAAGGAGAGUUCUCGACGCGCAUUAAUAUCCUCGGUCAUGCUCAGCAAGGAGGUAGCCCAACACCGUUCGAUCGCAACAUGGGUACGAAGUUAGCCGCAAGAGCUUUGGAGUAUAUUAUUACGCAGAUUAAGGAUUCGAUGGUUAAUGGUAUCGUAUCAACGAAAUCCCCUGAAACUGCAACUCUUCUCGGCUUGACAGGAAGACGUGUGGUAUUUACUCCGGUAGAGGAAUUAGCUGCCGAGACUGACUUCGAUAAGCGCUUGCCUUGCGAUCAGUGGUGGUUGAAGCUGCGACCGUUGCUUCGUAUUCUCGCCAAACAUACUUCAAUCUACCAUACUGAGGCAAUGGAGGACACUGAAGAUUAUGAUUAG